AUGACGGGAAAAUUCUCUGAGAAGGACCCUGAGCGGUGUAACCACUAUGCUCGAUUUAUGCAGCACCUUAACAUUGCUGAGGCAAACACAGUAUUCUGGCUAUUGUUCGUCAUCUCUUCCAGAUCUAUCGCCCUCGGUGCCCGCCUCAACGCCCGCCUUAAUGGCCUUGAAAGAGCAAUCUCCGAAGAAGAGGCUAGACAAGAAAAGAAAAAGGUCAAGCGCCUUCGAAAGCACCAACUUUCCAUCGCCUCCCUAUGUCUCGUUCUCGCGGCAACAGGCACAGUCUUCGAAUGCUUCGCAAUACUAAACAUCCAGUACUGCGAUGGAGAAGACCUCACGCAACUUUACUGGGGCUUCUGGACGCUCCUUUCAGUCGGUAGCAACAUAGCUAUUCUCGGCGUCAUGGUCCAUCUCUGGAUCGUCCUCGGUGACCACGAGACACCCAGUUGGGCCGUCGCUUUGGGCACGCCUGUCCUAGUAUUCGCUUCACUAGGCUUCGUCUUCCAUUCCAUCGGGGCACAGACCUGGGAUCGGUGCCGAGGAAAGCGCGUUCAGGAAGGAGAGAAUCCGGAGGAGGUCAACGAGACGGAUGUGGAGAAGUGUGAUAGAGUGAGAUCCAUGAGCCAGGCGUGA